ACAAACACCUCCAAAUGAUUUCAAUUUUUCAAGCUUUUAAAUAUACAUCACCAGUUUAAAUAUCUAAUUACCAAUGGCUUCUGUUAGGUUGAUACGCCUGGCGAGGCCGCCAUCGGCUAUCAGUACAGCGCCUCCUUUGGAAAGUGUAUCGGCGAUGAGGUUUACGUGCAUGGCGGCUGGUUUUGGUUCUGAAAACACUCAGCUGACUGCGGAUAUGGAGAGGAAACCGGUGGCAUUGCCUAAAGUGGCCACCUAUACUGUGGCGGAUUUAGACGGUGCGGUGGUUGAAGUUGAACCAACACAAACUAUUAGUGAAGGAGUAGACGUGGCUACGCUAAUGGCGUUUUUGACGAGACGUAGACAGUGGAAUUUAAUCAUCCAAUCGCUGGUCGAAAAGAUUAUAGUGGAUUCUCGAUUUUUUACGAUGUUUGGUGUAGCAGGAACCUUGCUUGGUUCGGUAUUAUGCUUCCUCGAGGGUGUUUUCCUGGUUGUGGAAUCAUACUUCCAGUAUUUUCAUGCACUCUACCACCAUUCCAAUCAUGGACAUAUCAUGGAUCUACUCAUCAAAGCAUUAGAUAUGUUCUUAGUAGGAACGGCUAUGCUUACAUUUGGGAUGGGGUUAUAUGUCAUGUUUGUUGGAUCAAAAGCUCCAAAAGGCCGACCGAUUCCAUCAUCAAACUUUUUCGGUCUUUUCCAUCUCAAGGAGUUUCCAUCAUGGGCUGGAAUUAAGUCGAUCUCUCAAGCAAAGUCGAAAAUCGGGCAUGCCCUGAUGUUGCUGCUUCAAGUUGGAGUGUUGGAGAAGUUCAAAAGCAUACCAUUGGUUACGGGUCUAGAUCUCGCUUGUUUUGCUGCAGCCGUAUUUGUUUCUUCUGCUGGUUUAUUCAUACUCUCACGGCUUUCUACAGGCACUAAUUCCUAAAGUUAUUAGGUAUAACAAUGAUUCUUUUGUCCUCUUAUAGGUGGUGGUAUAUAAUUAAGGUUGUAUUUUGUUGGUCUUAGAUUACAUAAUUCUUUUAUAUGUAUAUAAUAAUCGUCAAUGUAUAAUCGAUGUUAUACUAAGAUUUAAAGGUAAGUUUCUCCAGUUGCAUAUGAAUA